GAUAAAAGAUUGCGUGACUCCUCUUUAACCUUAUGUACCAUUCCUUGGCCGUAAUCCUUCCACUCCAAAAUGACGUUCAUCAAGUUGGUAGCUGUUGUCGCAUGUAUUGCAGCAUGUUCUGCGCAAAGUUCUAAUUGGUUUGACUCGAUAAGCUGUCGAUACAUCGAGGCAAGAGACUGUUACAAAUAUGGCGACAGCCCAGAGUGUGGAACAGACGGAGUGACGUACAGGAACAGGUGUGAUUUCUCCAAGGCCCACUGUGACAACAGGGAUUUACACGUGUAUGCUUACACUUCCUGUGCCAACGUAACGCUACCCGGAGGAUCGCCAUCUACCGUCGCCCCAGUAACCGUCACCCCUGGUGGUAAUGGUGGAGUAGUUACCUCUAUGCCCGCCGUUACCUCGCCUCCUUUCUUGAGUGGAUCGGAAGCCGUCCUGGAUUUCAUCUGUUUAGAGAUCAGUCAUGAGAAAUGUGGUACAGAGUCGGAGCCUAUUUGUGGAAGUGAUUUCAGGACAUACGACAAUGCGUGUGAAUACCAGAAGGCCAAGUGUACCCACAGGGAGCUCCACGUGCUUACAUACCACAACUGCCCCACGGGCACCAUGUAAAGAUUGGCUGAUCAAGAAUAUAAUGAUGAUAAAUAAAACGUAUAUCCCAGAGAGUAUAGUUAGCGUGUUAUCUGUGUGACAAGGGGUUCGUGUUGUUCAACACCUAUAUUUCAGGUGGGGGUCUGGUUGGGUUC